CACAAAUUAACUAUACAAAUUAAUCAACACCAAUCUAGAAAACUCAAGAAAAUUGAAGCAAAUCACAAAUUAUCCAUAAAUAACAUGAUUAAUUGAAAGCUUCUUCCUUGCAAUUAAGUUUCUUCACUCUCCACUCGAUAACAUCAACUUCAUUCUACACAAUUAGAAAGAAAAAGUUAGACAUGUCUUCACAAACAUAAAUAAGAUUAGUUGUUUAGAAUAUUAAAUAUAUCGAGAAAAUUAAUUAUAUGGGUGUGGGCGGGUACCCAUGGGGCGGGUUUACCUAAACCCAAACCCAACCCGGUGAAUAGUGAACGGGUUUAAACCCAAACCCGGCCCAAAACCCGUCAACAUGGAUUUUACCCGCGUUGACCGGGUUGGGUCGGGUGGGUACCCGUGGGUUCGGGUUUUGUUGUCAUCCAUAAUAGUGGUAGGGUGUUGAUGAGAUCUUACGUUAGACAAAAUAAUUAAAUGGUAUCAUGAUAUUAUCACUAUUCCAUAGUGAUAAUAUCAUGAUAUGAUAGUCAUAUGAUAUUGAUAUGAAGUCUUAUAUUUGAGAAAAUAAUUUGAUCACAUCUAUCACUGGUAUGAUAGUAGACUGAUGUGCAGUCAGUCUUACUAUAGUGCAGUCAGUCUUACAUAAGGAGACAUCAUCCUUUGGGUGUGUCGCAACCUACGAGAAUGAAUCAGCCUCGAUUCCAUGAUGAGGAGGAGAUUGAAGCAUUCAAAGAGGAAGGUUCUUACCCACGAGAAAAAGACGACGAGUUUAAGGGAAACAAGGUCAACAUUUUAUUGUUCAAAUGGACAACUAAUCCGGAUGCAUACCUUGAUUGGGAGAGGAAGAUGGAGCUAAUUUUUUUAUUGACAUAACUACUCAAAAAAGAGGAAGGUAACGCUAACUGCCAUAGAAUUCACGGACUAUGCAAUGGUAUGGUGGGAUAAGCUAUGUACGAAGAGAACGAGGAAUAGGCAACAACAUAUUGAAACAUGGGAGGACAUAGAGGCAUCAUGAGAGACAGAUUCGUGCCUAGAUCUCAUUAACGAGAGAUUCAUCAAACACUAAAACCUCUGUAACAAGGCACCAAGAGCGUAGAAGACUACUACAAAGAGAUGGAGAUGUUGAUGAUAAGGGUCGGCGUGAAAGAAGAUCGAGAGGCCACCAUAGCACGUUUCUUGCAAGGUCUCGUUCGAGAGAUCAUGAAUGUGAUGGAGAUACAACCAUUCGUUGAAUGAGAAGUUUUAGUGUCAAUGGCUUCCAAGGUUGAACGACAACAGAAGAACAAACUUAGGAGAAGGUAUCUACCUCCCUCGAAUGCACCAAGACCAAGAGUGCCUACUACUCCAAACCCUAGGCCAGGCAUGCCCAAGUCAAAAAUACCAAAGCCUGCGGCCAAGGUUAAAGCUCCAAAGGAAAGGCAAGCAAGUUCUAGUGGUGGCAUUCAAUGCUUUAAGUGUCGUGGAAGAGGACACAUUGCUAGUUAAUGUCCAAACAUGAGGGCACUAAUUCUUUUGGAGAAUGGAGAGUAUGUGUCUAAAUCUGAAUAGGAAGAACACGUAGAGAAGGAGACAUCAGAUUGUGAAGUUUAAGAAUCAAUGGCGAUCGAAGCACCUUCAGGAAGGUAUAUUGUUGCUAGAAGAAUUUUGAGUGUGCAACCCAAAGAGCAGCUCGAACAAAGGGAGCACUUGUUCCAUACAAUGUGCUUAGUAGAUGAAAGUUUACUCUCUAUGGUUAUUGAUAGAGGAAGUUUCACAAAUGUGAUUAGUGCAACUACAGUGAAGAAACUAGGGCUAAGUAAAUUGAAGCAUCCAAGCCCUACACUCUUCAAUGGCUUAAUAAGCAUGGAUCUAACAAGAUCACAAAUCAAGCAUGGGCAAUAUUCAAAAUUGGAGGUUAUAAGGACAAGGUCCUAUGUGACAUAGUGCCAAUUCAAGCGGCACAAGUUCUACUUGGAAGGCCAUGGCAGUUUGACUGAAAUGCACAACAUGAUGGAGUCACCAAUAAGUACUAGUUGCGCAUAGAGGUAAGAAGUUCGUAUUAAAUCCUCAAUCUCCCUAGGAAGUCUAUGAAGUUCAACUCCAAAUGCAACAACAUAGGGAGAAGGAGAAGGAGUAUAUAGCCACAACCAAGAUUGAGAAAGGUGGUUCUAGUGUUGUGGCAUCCAAGGCAUUAAUGUUAGCUUGAACGGAGAGGUGAAACAAGCGAUUAAUGAUUGUGAACCUUUGAUCAUGAUCAUCUACAAAGUCAUGCUACUUAAUCAAGAUUUGGUUUGAGACAUACCACUAGGGCACGAGUGGUAUUAGAGGAGUUUGAAGAUGUAUUUCCCGAGGAAGCUUCACAAGGAUUACCUCCAAUCUUAGGGAUAGAGCCUCAAAUAGAUUUUGUCCUGGAGCUAGAAUUUCAAAUUAGGCAGCUUAUAGGACGAAUUCAGAGGAGACAAAAGAGUUACUAAGGCAUAUUGACGAGCUUAUGGAGAGAGGAAGGCUCUACGGAGGAGUUGUAGCUGUCACUGGCCUUUGGAUUGGGAACGACGAUUGAGAAGUGGGAUUUAACCGUGGGGACGUGUCUAGUGGAGAGGAGGUGCUCGUGGGUUCUCAAGAUUUUGACAGCGAUCGCAAGGGAAGAGGCAACGAUGAGGAGCUUGGAGCCGAGCCGGAGGUGGUGGCCAGUUCUUGGAAGGACACUUAAAUUAAUUUUUUUUACUUUUCAUUUUUCUUUCUCUUUUAAUCUACGUCUAAUAGUGGGGGUGAAAUUUUGCCAGGUCAACAUUUUUGUCAAGCUAGUCAAAUUGUUAAGUGAUACUGUUAAAGCAUUGGACGGAAAUGCACAUUUUGUGUAUUUCAAAAGUUUUGGCUAUAAGUGUCACAAACGUGAAAGUUGUGGCUAUAGAAAUAUAUUCUGCGACUUGUUUUAAUUUCUAGUUAAAAUAAAGGAUAGAUGUUCCG